UCUUAGGAGAUAGAUGGUGGCGAUGAGGCAGCACCCAGCCCAGCCACAGGGAAAAUUUUGCAGGAGCCCAAUACCUGCACUUCCGUUGCACAGGGAGGAAGGGUCAUAAACCCUAUAAAGUGCAUCCUGGGUGCAGUUCAGGGCCAGGGCCCGGGGAUUUCCUUUCAAAGGUGACUUAGAGGCACUUCAGGAGGGUAGCGCCCUCCCGGGCGGGUCCUAAUGGUGAAUUUGGCAGAGUCAGCGAAACUGCGCCCGGCGGACCUGGCGGCGGGGCAGCGCCCUCUCCCGCGCCCUCGCCCUCUCCCGCGCCAGGCAGCGGCGCGCACGGGGCCAUUUGCAGCCUAGGCAGCCUCGCGAGCAGCCGCUGUGCGCGGGCCGGGAGGGAGGCGGCACCAUGGAGCUGAAGAAGGACAGCAACGCUGUGGCCAUCGACAUGCUGCUCAUUGUGCACUCCGAGAAGCGGCGCGCGGCGCAAGCCACGCACUUGGACCCGCAGGCGGACCCGGGCGCGCUGCUGCAAAACCGAGGAGGAUUCCAAGGUGUCAGAAACGGAAUCCGGAAGUGGCAAGAAUUGGAGGAAAACGGCUUUCAGGGAAACUUGCCAGAGAAGCAGUGCCUUCAGCAGCCUCAGGUCAUCACUUCCUAUGACAACCAAGGUACUCAGCUGACUGUGGAAAUCCACCCCCAAGAUGCCAUGCCCCAGCUGCUUAAGAAGUUCUCUUUGGCUAAACGUUUACAAGGUGAUAAAAAUGGAAACAUGAGACCCCGGCAGCCUGGAGGGAAAGAUGCCCAUGCCUACCCCUGGGACAGAUCCAAUUUGAAAUCCAUGCCCCUGGACCUCCGGCACUUUGAAAAACUGGAUGCCUCUGCCUCACAGGUGACCGUCAAGAGUGGCCUGAAUGAGCUGGUGAGUGACUUGCUCCAGGAAGCCCACAGCGAUCUGGAAAGGGUCAGAGCCAUCUGGAUCUGGAUCUGCCACCAUAUAGAGUACGAUGUGGAGGCUGCCCAGGAGAAGGACCGACAGGCCUUCAAACCCACGAACAUCCUGAGGACCCGGAAGACCAACUGUGAUGGUUACGCUGGCCUCUUUGAAAGGAUGUGCAGGGUUGCCGGUGUGCAGUGUGUCACCGUGUCUGGCUACUCCAAGGGCUUUGGCUACAAGACUGGCCAAAGCUUCUCUGGAGAGUUCGACCACGCCUGGAAUGCUGUGUACCUUGAGGGUCGUUGGCACCUGAUCUCCCUCCACUCCAGCUACAACGAAUUCUACUUCCUCACCCACCCUGCCCUGUUCAUUGAGGACCACUUCCCAGACAACAAAAACUGGCAACUGCUGAAGCCACCCCAGUCUCUGAGGCAGUUUGAGAACAACAUGUACCACAAGAGUGAAUUCUACAAUAAGGGCAUGUUGAGUGCCCACCCAGAGACGCCCAUGAUCAGAACAGUGAACGGGAAAGCCACCGUCACCAUAGAGAGCCGUGCCCCGACGCUGUUCAUGUUCAUGCUCAACGGCAAGCAAGAGCACGGGCUCCUGAGCCUCAGGAAGAACGGGAUGAAGCUGGAGGUGUACCCUCCAACCAUGGGCACCCACAAGCUGCAGAUCUUCGCCAAAGGCAACUCUGAAAUCUACAGUUCGGUGCUGGAAUACACGCUCAAGUGCAACUAUGUAGACUUCUCUGUCCGGCUGCCCACUGAGCUUCACCAGCCCGUGGGCCCCAGCUGGUUCUCGGAGCAGAUGGGCAUCAGGAAGCCCUCACACCCUGACCCCAUCAUCCACACCAGCGACGGUCGCUGCUCCAUCAGCUUUGGUGUGGAAGAGGGCAUCAGCAUCCUGGCAUCCCUUCACGGCGAUGACGGUCCCAUCACCGAGGAGACAAAGAGGCGCUACAUCUUCCAGAUGAACCGAGAGAAGAGGACCGAGCUGAAAGUCCAGCUGCCCCAUGCUGGCAAGUUUGCCCUUAAGAUCUUUGUGAAGAAGAGGCAAGAACAAGGUAACUUCGUCUUUGUCUUCAACUACCUCUUGUGCUGUGCCAACACCAAGGUGAACUGGCCUAUGUUCCCCGAGAUCUACGGCCACUGGGGACAGGACAAUGAGCUGCUAGAGCCUCUCUCGGGGGUGCUUCCCGCCAACCGCAACAUACCCUUCAAACUGAAGCUGCAUGGCAUUGCCAAAGCUCUGGUGAAAGGGCAGGACACGUGGCCCCUCACCCUCAACCCCGAGGGCUACUGGGAGGGCAGCUGCAACACGGCCGGCUGCCAAGAAGUCUAUGUCAUGGUGCUAGAGAACGCUAACCACAACUUCUACAAUUACAUCCUGAAAUACAAAGUGAAUGACCAGUGAGGGGGGACAGCAUUAUCCACAGUCUCCCAGGGCUACGGCCAGCCCUGCCCAGGGAGGACCCAAGAUAAGUGCAGAGAGAGCCCAGGACACCACUAAUCUGCAUGAAAUCACUUCUAGGCCUCUGCCUCAGUCCCCUCUGCCUCGGUCUCCCUGCUCUGCCUCAGGCACUGAGGAAUUCAUGCUGCCGAGGGCUCACUCAGUGUGGCUGUGGAUUGAAGGGACAGAGGCAAGGGCCCUCUAGAAGGAAAAGGUGCUAUGUAAACCCAAGGUAUUGUGAAGUGUACGCCCCUGCCUGUGCCUGCUCUUGUGUUCGUUCAUACUUUGGUGUAGAGCUGGGUGGGAAAGGAAAGUGGAGGUGUUACCGCUGCUGAAUGCUUCCCUCAAGAUGCCUAGAGAAUUCUCCUCCCUGCCCCAACAGUGUGUGAGCUAUUAGAGAGGUGUGUCCCCGCCCCAGUAACAUGGUGUUCCCCGAUACUUCUGGACCCCAGGGAAUGUUGGGCCUGCCCAUCUUCCACAUUCCUGGUGCCUCUAUUAGCCACUUCAUGCUCUUCACGAACUUGUGAGGGGAGGGUAGAAAACAAGCUAGCUGCCCCUCAGCCAACUGGGGGCUGUUAUCUCCUGAUCCCUAGUGUCUCUGAGAUGUGAUAAAGGCAGAAAAACAGCCAUGUGCACACAUGGAUGUCCCGGCUAGGGACCAGGGAUGGAGUGUUUUUGGAAGUCCAGCAGCCCACACGUAAGGGUGAAGAUCCCCGAUUCUGCGUGCUUAGCAGAGUUUAGCUGAGUGCCUGGAGAUGCCCUUCCAGCAUCAUCAGGAGCCUCAAAUGCCUAUGUAGCCUGUGGAAGCCUGACUGAUGACUGUGAAUGGAGACCUGGGCCCUGGGCAAGCAGAUGAGUCUCAGCAGGCCAAACCAAGCUGAGGGGACCACCACCCUCCCCUAGAGAAAGUGUUUGUGCCUGUCUCUGAGAAAAGCCCCAUCGUAGCCAUUUUAGCUCCUGUGUCCCAAGCUCAACCUUCCAUUGGGAACAGUUGAGGGCCUCUUACUUGCUUGGACCUGUCCUAAAAAAGCCUCAACUGCCUAGCUGGCCCUCAGCAGCACCUGAGGCUGGUGUUUCCAUGGCAACAGCUGAGGAGUGAGCAGGCAGCAGCCGGCAGGGAAGGCCUGAGGAAAACCCCAAGAGGCUCCUGCAGUAGCAUCCCACACACCGAUGUGCUCUAGGAUGAUCCCCACCAAACUUCUGGGUUCUAGGACUCUGCUCACUGCACCCAUCUCAGGACUCCCACCCCUACCCCUCACUGCUCUCUGAGGAAUGUCCUCAAGCUCAGCUGCAACCAGAGUCAGCCUGAGGUACUCACAGCCUCUGCAUCCAGCUCUUUCCUCAGUAAGAGCCCAUCAGACUCGUUCAGUAAGUGACUGACCCCCGUGCUGCAUGCUGGGACUGUAGAGGGGAACACAAUGGACUCAGCCAUAGGCACCCACACCUCUGGGUGGGCAGUCUGCCAAGUGAAGCCCAUUCGAAGACCUAGGAUCCCAGAACUUCAUUCCCUUCUGCCCCUUCCCUACUGCCACCCACCUGAUACCAGAUAUCAGUCCUCCACCAGUCUGGGUAGCCUCACUUGUGAUUGGCAUAGCUGCUAGGGGCUGAGCUGCCUUGGCUUGUGUCCAGGGUCCUCUGGCAGUCUUGGCCCAUCAGCAUCUUGUCACUCACUCCUGGAAAACGCACCAAAGCCCAGUGGGCUGAGAGGUGGGGGUGUCUCAACUACAAGUCAUAGGCACCACCACAAGUAAACGGUGGAGUUUGCACUGCCUGGAAACAGUCUUUCCUCACCCCUUUGAUGAGCAGGAAGAAGUGUGCUAUGUUUUAACGAAAUAGUAAGUGCUUCUGCGACUCCCUGCCACUCGCUAGACACAGCCGCGACAGCCACUGCUAGCCCUGAAGAAAAAAAAAAAAAAAAAAAAAAAAAAAAAAAAAAAAAAGAUCCCCAUGUUUUUCAAAACUGCAUAAUUAAUCCGUUCUGGAGCUUGUAGAGGAUGCUACCCCACAAAACAGGAGCUGUCCUCAGCACCAGAAACCCAGACCUGGCAUCUCCCAGUGGCCCGGGUCGUCCACACGCCCCUCCCUCCUUGUUUAACCAGGCAGCCCCUUUGUCAAGGCAGCUGUAGGUGCACUCGAAAAAACGCCUGCAUUUCUUUUUACUGAAGCAAAGAUACAUGAAACUGAAUCCAAUCUUCAUGAAUUUUUACACGCAUGCUGCUCAGGCUGGAAAUUUGGAGGUUGCGUUUUGAAGCCUUUUUAUUCAAAUCCCCCUCUUUGUCUGCUGGUCCACGAGUCCCAUUGACCGGUCAAAUGGCACGAGCGCCCCCUGGUGGUUAUGUGUGAAGUUGCCACUGCUGCGAACCCCCAAGCAGGAUCUUUCUAUGAUUGUUAAAAAUCACUAGGUGCUUUCUUGUCCCUUGUUCACGAGUUAUGCUGUCUACGGCAUCCACAUCGUGAAUCUGUCAUCCUCGUCGUGGAUACACCAAGGUCAGCGUUGCCGUGCAGACUGUGAGAAGACCCUGGUGAGACUUCCUGGCCUGGCGUGGUGAGAAGACUUGGGGUGCGAUUGAAAAUUGAGCACCUUGCCCAGAAAGCCUUCCCAGAGACAGAAACCCUGGGCACGGGGAUGCCUGGCUAGUGUCGCUGUGAUCACACUUAUUACUAUGGCAAUGACAGGCUGAAACUGAUCAAACUUAGCAUUUUGCCAGGCUGGCCCCAGGAUGGGUGCCAGGGUGCAGAAGGACGAGGCGUGGUGGGGCAAAAGGGUGCAAUUAAGCUCUUUUCAGCUUGCUUCAAAAGUGCCACCAGCUCAGCUGGACUGUUCUCUGUCUGAUUGUGAAUAUUUUGAGUUCUCCAUAUGUUACAUUGUCCCACCAGGACAGACUCCUCCCAGCCUACGGAGAUUAGAGAGACAUAAAUAGAUUAACUGAAGCAUGAAGGAUUUGAGCUAGAUAUAAGAACCAUUUCCUGUUGUGAAGCAGGAGGGACGCGUUGCCAAUAAACUCUGAGAAAUUCUCAAAGGACUUGAAAAGGAGAAAAGUUACCCCAGUGGUCCGGCCUUUUCUUUGCCAUACUUACUGAAGUGGUUGGGUUCUCCCUCCGCUAAUUCUUGAACCGUACUGGUUGGCCGGCAGUAAACACCAGGUUAAGGCUGUGACCGCAUAGCUCACUACUGUAGGAUGUCGAAGGCAGUUUAUCUGAGGUCUGAAGUUUCCUUUUGUGUGAAGUAAACCAAUAGAGGUGACUAUUUCUCCUGACACGUGUGCUGAAUUGUGUGGGCCGCUGGCUGUCGAGGAUGCUGUUGCUGGAGUUCUUUUUCAAUAAAAUUUAUAUUCAUUUUUACCCAA